AUGACCAGGAGACAUCUGUGGAAACACUCCCGAAGGUGCACAUGUAACAAAUACACGGCGCCGGAGGAGAUCUGUGACUCCAGCUGUGAGCAGACCAAACCCACGGUCCAGGGCAGCCUGACAGCCUCGGGCCAGCUGGUGGUCACUAGCACGGCCAAUGAUGGCUCGGGGGAGGUCACGACAAAGCCCGUGCCCAAUGUGAUCGGUCCCAGCGUUCACACCUCUGGAACCAAAGACAUCCAGAUCGCAUCGUUUGAUGCCAGCGGAGCCAUGGGCCACAUCGUCAGAGACAUGGCUGACUUGGAGCAACUGAUUUUUGCUGAGAGUGAUGAAGCUACUACGGUGAUAUCCACCACUUUCUCUGACUUCAACGUGACUUCAAGCAGCAGGCGUCGUCUCCUGCAGUCGGGUGGUGACGCUGUGUCAGUGCCUGGCAUCGCCAACCCCAUCGUCUGCCUGGCCUUAGAGGACAUGCUGCUCUUCCGGGUCAGCCUGGACCCCGUUAACCGUAGCCUCAGCCACUAUCCGGUCUAUCGCAAGGACCACCUCUUCAACACCAACCCAACCUACGACUAUAGCGAGUUCCGCGACCUCCGCUUCUACGUGGAGAGUACGGAGGUGGCCAUCUCAUCCUUCGCCCACGUCUUCACCGAGUCGGGCCAGUACGUCUUCGCCGAUGCCCAGGAGAUCCAGUGGGAGGUGAUUGUGUCGGUGCAGCCGGCAGGCUCGGCCUGCGACAGCACGCGGUCGGUGAUCCAGCCGUCUUCCCCAGCCAACCUGAACCUUCAGAGUGUGAAGAAGCAGGAUGCCAUGAACGAGGAACCAGACUGGGGUCUUAUCAUCGGUAUGCUGGCCUUCCUGGCCGCCUGCAUCAUCAUGCUGGUCAUCGCCGUCAUCGUCUGGCGCCCUCGCAGCGCCGGCAUCUACCCACUCAAGAUGUGGAAGCCGCGCUACCGAGCCCUGGGGGCACCCCCGCGAAUUCCUCCCUACCUGCAGUACCAAGAAAACGACAAAGAGUCGCUGUUGCUGAUGGGUCCUCGCAUCGUGGCGGGCGCCGAGUCCACCUCGUCGAAGGCUGGUGAGAAGGCGGAACUUGAGGACUUCAAUGUGAGGACACUGUUUGACAAGCUGGAGGAUCAGACGCUCUACCUGUCCCAGCAGUUGGCCCGGCAGCAAGAGGACCUAAGAGGGUUCUAUGAGCGGAUGUCACAGCAGACAGAUGGACUCAAGGGUCUCCUGCUGAGCCUGGACAUGUCCAAGCUGGAGAAGAUCGAGAAGGAACGUGCCAGGCGGGCCGAGCGCGAAGGGUACCAGACCAGCGGCGACUCCACCACCAUCGUCAACACCAGCAGGCAGUACAACUUCACCGGUGCCAGCUCCAGGGAGCACGAACUUAUGGAGGCUCUCCAGGUCCUCCUGGACCGCCUCAACUCCGGCAAGAUCCCCCUCAGCCCCGAGAUGCUGGAGCAGGCCGGCUUGGCUUCGGCCUCUGGGGGCCGGGCAGCGGCCAAGCAAGGCAGCGUGGCGGACAGCCUGCUGAGGAGGCAGAACAGCGAGAGGCUGGAGCUGGAUAAGGAGCUGCGCAAGACCGAGGAGAAGGAGAUCGACAGCUUGAUGACAGAGCAGGACAAGAAGCGGCAGCAGCUGAUCACGGACCUGUCCGCCAAGCUGGCUGGCAAGCUGGACGGCGCCGAGACCAGGGAGGAGAUCGACCGGAUCAUGGCCGCCCAUGAGAAGGAGAUGGGCCGGGCCCUGGACAAAUUCGACGCCAGCCGGCAGCGGCAGGCGGAGGAGCUCAGGGCCAGGCUGGCCCAGAAGCGUCAGGCGGCCGAGGUGGGAAUGAAGAGCAGGCACCAGCAGGAGGCUCGCGAGGCGGGCAUCACCCUGACCCAAGAUGACAGCUCAGACGCGGCCAACGUCCUGAAGGACCAGGAGCUGGAGAUAGACGUGAUCCUGGCCGAGGAAGCCCUGGCCAGGGCCAAGGCCCAGGCUAAGCAGAACCGUGAACUGGCCGCCGAGCAGCAGCACAAGAUGUCUGAGAAUCUAACUGCUGCCAUUGAAAACCUGGCCGUGACUGGCGUGCUUACCGCCGAGGCCACCAAGGACAUCGUCCGGGAUCAAGCAGACAUGGAAAGGACCCUCCAGGGCAAGAUAGACAAGCGUCGUAGCCAGCUGACAGCCAACAUGAAGCAGAGGAUGGCAGACAAGAGACGCAAGAAGCUACGCAAACUGAAGCAGACCCAUCAGGAACAGCUAGACGCCUCUACGCAACACAGCGGCAGCGACUCUGACAUCCCAGGAGAUGAGAGAAAUGAACAGCCCUUGCUGGCAGCAGCUGAAACGUCAGGAGCAGACGAGCUGGGCACCUCGGCCGAUCCCGAGGCAAUCAAGGAUCUCCAGGAGCGACAGCGCAAGGAGGUGGAGGCGCUGGAAUCCCGGUUGGAGGCGGAGGAGGCCCAGCAGCUCAAGGAGAUCGAGCGACAGGUGGACGAGGAGUACGGCAAAGAGCUGAGGAAGGGCCACCGAGACAUCCUGGAUAACCUCUCCAAAAAAGAAGAGGUGGACCAGGUGCUGCAGCAACAGCUGAUGGACCAGCUGCGGCGCACCAACGAGAACAUUGCCUACGAGCUGGGCGUGCAGCGGGACCGGCAGGAGGCCGACCUGAGUGCCAAGCUGAACGCCCGGCGGGACCGCAAGAAGCUGGAGGCACGGCGGCUGGCCCAGGAGGACGCCGCCAAGAGGCUGCUGGCUGAGCAGGAGAAGCAGCGGGAGAAGCUGAGCGAGGGCAAGCUGGUUGAAGGCCUCCAGAGCCUGUCGCCAGCUGACAUGGCCGAUCUGACCAUCGAAGAGCAGGCUGUUCUCCGUGAGCACCAGCGGGUGCAAGAGGACCUGACCCAACGCCACAAGGAUGAGAAGGAACAGCUGUCGGAGAAGCUGGUCACCGAAGCCAAGCAGAAAGACGAGGACGAAGCCAAGCGAUUCAACCGGGAGAGGACCAAACUGCUGUCAGAGAAGAGGAACAAGCAGGCCGCCGAGCUGGCUGCAAGGCGGGGAGACAUGUCAGAGGAGGAGGCUGGACAGCUCCUUGCCUCCCAUGCCCGAGAGCUGGAGGAGUUAGAGGACCGGCUGGAGAGCCAGCGGGCCAAGGCCCAGCUGAAAGCCCGGGAGAAGAUGGCGGAACGCCGACGCCGCCUGCUGGCCGAACAGAAGCACAAGCAAGGCGUGGAGAUGGCCCGGGAGCUGUUGGAGCAGAAGAAGGAGCUGGCAGAGGUCAAGUCGGCCGUAGUCAAGAAAGCGGAGCGGGAGGCGAUGCUGGAAGGCAUACAGGAGGAAGGGGUAGACAACACAGAGAAAGUCAUCCGUGCGGUUCUUGAAAAGCGGCAGGCACAGGAGCUGCAUGAUCUGGAUGCCCAGUUCGCAGCCGAGCGCCAGGUGGCCAUCGAGGGCGCCCUGACCAAGCUAAACGACAAGUACCACGGCCGGCGGGAGACCCUGCUCCAGCGGCACGAGCGGGAGCUGUCAGACCUGAGCAAGGCGGCCGACUUGUCGCCUGAAGCUGCCGAGCAGCGCCGGGCAGCCCUGCUGAACCAGCAGCAGCUGGAGCUGAGCAAGCUGGAACGAGAGAUGGCCCAAGAGAGGCGGGACAUCGAGCAAGGGGCGCUGGCCGACUGGGAGCUGAGGUACGCCCACGGCAAGCUGGAGAUGAAAGAGAGGCACUAUCAGGAAUAUGCGGAUGCCCUGAGGGAACUUAGCGCUGACAGAGACAACCAAAUGGUGAGCGCCGAACAAGCUGCCAAGGCUGCGCAGGAGCUGGAAGAGGUGAGGCAGAAACUAGAGAAGGAGAGGGAAGCCAACGAAGAGAAGCUCAGGAAGGAGACUGAAGACUUCGAAGCAGCCGAGAAGUUGCGCAUGGCUGCCGAACUGGCUGACUUUGACAAGAGCCUGGCCGAGGAGGAGAGAAAGGAAAAAGAGCGCAACGAGAAGCGGCUGGCCGCCCUGAACAAGCGUAAGGAGGAGAUGGUGAAGGAGAAGGAACAGAAACACAAGGAGAAGCUGGAAGCCCUGCAGAAGAGCGGAGGCAGCAAGGAGGAGAAGGACAGGCUGGUGGAGGAGUACGAGAAAGACCUGGCCAAGAUGAAGAACAAGAUGGAUGCCGACCGGGUCCGCAUGCAGAGUGACUUGGAGGAUCGUUUGAAGAAGAGACGUGAGGAACGUCGCAAGGCCAAGGAGGAAAACCUCGUGAGCCAGCAAGAGGAGAACAAGCAGGACCAUGAGGAGAAACUCCGGCAGGAGAAGGAGAAGAUGAGAGCAGAGGAGGUGAUCAUUUUGAAGGAGUGCGUGGACACCGACCACCUCCUGUCUGGCGAGCUGGCCCCGGGUGUCGCCUAUGAGGGCAUGCAGCAGAAUGCUGCAGGUUUCCCGUCUGCGUAUGCCUCGGCUGCGCCGCUCAGCGAUGCCGACUUUGCCGCCCUGCUCAUGGCUUCUCCGCUGUACAAGAAGUUGGAGGAGAUCAAGAGGACCAUGGAUGACGCAGACCUGCCGCCCAAAAAGCGAGGACAGGACGAACCUUUUGUUGACGAUCAUGAUGCUGGCUGGACCCAAGACACAGAGCUGGUGCCUGUAGACCUGAGCCGUCUCAGCCCCCGCAACUUUGUCAUCUACAAGUUUGGUUGCUUUGUGGCGCGGCUGGUGGCCACUCGCUGUGCCCACAGCCCGGUCACCUUGCUCCUGGCCGAGCGGAUCCCCGUCAACGACAGGCUGGCCCGUAACACCUAUCGCAACUCCUACCACUUCGACGACACCAACAAGAUCCUGUACGUCCGCCAGGCACGGCUGGACACAGUGGGGGAGUUUGUGCUGGUGCUGGUCCACGCCCUAGCUCACAUCAAGACCGGCGACAUGCGCGACGACACGUCAGCCGGCUUCACCCGCGAGUUCCACCAGGCGCUCUCGGCCGUCUGUAAUGACCUCUUCUUCGCCCGCUACCGCCACGGUACCAACCUGCCCGCCCCCACCCCAGGGGAUCAGGGCGACGGACCGGAGGGCAAGACCGGCCAGAAGGUGCUGGCUGCCCUGAUGGGCGGGGCCGAGACGGAGGCAGAGAAGGACGAGAUGAUCGAGAAGCUGUUGGACGUCAAGUUGCUGCGAGGGACCGACUCUGAUGGGGUACACGUGACGGACGAGGACCUACAGAAGAGGUUGUCCAAGUACGGCAGCUUCGCCACCAACCAAGAGAUGCAAUCUCUCUUGGGCACUGCUGAGGAUAAGAUAGCCUUGGCCCGACAGCAUGGGGCCCAUGAGGCAGUAGAGAGCCGCCUGGCCACACUGACAGGCGGCCAGACUCCACUAGCUACCAAGGCCACGAUGGCAGCAGCCAAGAGAGCCGUUGAGGAACUGCCAGGAGAGCUAAGUGGCACUGCUCUCUGGCAGAGCGUCGCCCAGCCCGGAGUGGCCAGCGGGGGGACCCAGGAACAGGCUAGAAAACCUACCAAGGGACAAGACCAGCACCUAGUCUAUCUGCAGGACGAGGUGAAAUCCCUGGAGGAUAAGGCGGACCGUAUGAGUGUGGAGUUCUCGGGGCUCAGCACCCAGGUGAUGGAGACGCAGGACACCAUGGCCCAGAUGACGCAGGAGCUCGAGGCUCAGAAGGCGCUGAAGGAAGGCCAAUUUGACGAAUCAGAGCCGGCACUGAUCCGGUACACUACGGCCAGGCUGGCCGAGGCCCAAGAUAAGCUGACCUUGCUGACCAUCCAACGGGACAGCUUGUCCAAGAGGCUGGACGCAGUCCGCGGCCAGCUAGAGGAGAAACAGCAGCAGCUGCACUCAUACGUCCGAGGACACAAGAAGUGAGAGGACGUCCUCACUGUUGCGUAGGAGAAUUCAUCAUGAAGGAAAGCAACCACCCUUUGAACUGAGCCGAAAAGGACUUCAGUUAUGUCCAUCAGAUUUGAGUUAUUGGGGAUAGGGAGAUGGAUUCGUUGACAUAUUUAGCAGUGCACAUGAAUUGGAAAUAGCUUGUCAAGAAACUAUCAUUCCAAAGUUUGUUUUAUCAAGCACAAAUAUCAAAGCGAGAAAAACAACUUGUCAAAGAACCGAAGCAGAAUUGAUCUUGAAGCUCAAAUUUGUGUGCAAGUUUAACGGAAGGUUAUUUGGAUUUCAAUCAGAGUUCCUGCAGGAAUUCCAUUUUAUUGGUCAGAUCUGAACUGUGACAAAGUGGGCUGUAAGGUUGCCUGAAUUCUCUCUACAUUGGAGACUUUUUCACGAGCAGCUGUAAAUACUUUUGAUUACACUUGUUCAUCAAUUUUGCAAUACAUGGCUUGAUUUUUGUCACAGUUUAAAAUCAAAAUUUCAUCUUAGUUCAUUUUUCUAAUUAAGUAUUUUUGGUACUCAGAGAUGCACAUUAUAUUUUCUAAAACUGUUUUUGUGUGUGAUUAUUUCUAUAAAACAAAGUAGCAAUUAAUAAAUUGAUCACAUGAAAUUGACUACUUGUAUCGAAAUAGCCAAUUUGACCACUUUUAUAUUUUCAGUUUUUUAUUCCGUCCAACAGUUUAAUGAAACUUUGUAAAAGUGAAAUCAAAGCCGUCCACAUGAAAUAAUUGCGAACACUUUUUAGUAAAGGAAACAUGCUCGUAUUGUACUGUCACCAUAGACCAAGUUUUUAGACCUUUAAAUCAAAGAUGGUGUUUGAACAAACAACUGUCCCUUAUUUAUUGUUAAAAAGUCAAAUUUUUCAAAAGACAGAUUUGUAUGCUGUGCCAACCUUUUUGUCUACAAAUAUGUUAAUUUCAUUUUAAUUCAUAUCAUAGCACUGUUUAUGUAUAUAUUGUAGCUUUCUUAAAAUCAAUUUGUCAGGCAUUUGUGUUUAAAGUCAGUUACAUAGAGAUUCAGAAUAACUAUUCAGAAUUGUCAGGUUUUGAGUGCACGGGUUGAUAUCUGUUCAUGAAUUUUGUGUAAAUUUUGGGAAUAUCUAAAGCUGUACAGAAUUCUUUGGUGGAUGUAGGAAAGUUGACAUAUUUAUCUCGUGUUAUUUUUAUUUCUGCACAAUGAUUAGGAGUUUUUAAAUAGUACAGUUUCUUUUCACCUGGUUCUGUCGAGAAAAUUGACUCCGUCCACAUUUUCCACAUACACCUGCUUACAUGUACGUUGAAAUGAGCUGCCAUAUUUAUAUGGAAACAACACUUGAUCACCUUGAUGAAGAUAUGGAUUUUGUAGCUACUUUUUUUCAGGAUGAAAAUUUUGCAAUAGAUGUAAAAUGUUCAAAGUCUAGAGAAUAAAGAGAGAUAUAAAAUGA